GAGGAUAAAGGAGAAGAAGAUGGCGUCCAUCCCCUGUGCUCUGUUGCUGUUGCUGAUCUGCCCAAGUCAGGUCCACAUGGGUGUUCAAGGAGGAAACAGCCCCACUGUGUUCUCCAGUGCAGGUGGGACAGCUACUCUACCCUGUGCUAAUGUGCUUGAUCCAAACUGCUCCUCUACUACAUGGCUUUAUAGCAGCACUGGACCUACUGAUGAAUUGUUUGGACAUGGGAAGAUAAAACCUGAAAACGGCAAAAACAGAGCUGAGAGACUGAGUCUGUUCCAGAACUGUUCUCUCCACAUUACCGAUGUCACCACUGAGGACGCAGGACUCUACAUCUGUCAGCAGUAUGAAGUGGGUGGACGUCAAUCUAAAUAUGGUGCUCCAGUUUAUCUCACUGUUCUCCAUGUCUUUGCUUCCUCCAGAGAGACUGAGAUGGAGGCGGGCAGUCAUGUGACUCUCCACUGCAUCCUGCACACACACGACAACUGUACCGGAUCGGUGAGAGGUAAGGGAGUCUGUCUCAGCUGGGUGGAUAAGACAGAGAGUAAGCUGAGCAACAUCACCCACCGCCAGAUCAGAGCCACAUCUACCUGUUCCAUCACUCUGAUGAUAGAGCUCAGAGUUAAUAACUCCACUUCCACACCGAGGAAGUGGAGAUGCCAGCUGGCUGCAGAAUGGAAGGUUCAGACAACUGCAAUCUACACCAUCAGAAUUAAAGAGACAGUCACUAGGCCUACUGCUUCCACAAACUCAGGUGUUCUGCUGAUAACUAGAGCUGGUGUCUUUGUUAGUCUGUUGGCUGCAGCACUGAUUAUAAUUGUGCUGAUACACAAGAGAAAAUGCUGAGGGAGAGCACACCUUAAGUCAAAGCAGGACCAGUGACGCAGCUUUCCAGUUUGUUCCAGCAGCAAACUCCUCAGCUAAUGUAAGAUAAUGACACACUGGCAUCACUCAUGUCCAUCUGAGGCACAGAAUGGAUGCAGCCGUUACAUCUGGAUUACUCGUUAGCCUAGAUAAUGUCCGCCAUUAAAAAUACUAUUCUAUUCUUUAGGUUUACUUGUAAUGAUCUGUGUACACAUAUGCAUGGAAAUGGGAAAUCUGUAUCAAAGGUCAUACUCUGGGUAGCACUCAUUUUUUAAGGGGGUAAAAUGGGCUCCCCAAAGUGUCAGUGUCACUGAUAGGGCUUCCUCUUUACAGAUUCAUGCCUUUAAAUAUACAGACGACCUACCAGAUGUUCGUUUAACGGUGUGAUAUUGUCAAGUGUGAAGAUAUUAGGAUGUUAAGAUAUUGUAUGUGCUGCAUAUCAUAUCCUGCAUGAAACUGAAACAAUAACCUACAUGUAACUUAUAUAAUAUCCUCCAUGUGCUGCAUCUCAUAUCCUUCAUGUGCUGCAUCUCAUAUCCUAUGUGUGCUGUAGAUCACCAUGCCCAUGCAUAUCAUAGACACGUUUCUUUCAGUUUAAUCUUCAACUCUCUUUUCAACUCUCUUUCUAGUUUGAUGUCCUUUUUGUAUAGAUCAGCGUGAUCUCUAAUGAAUACAAUGCAUGUAAACAAUUAGUCAUUGUGUUUCAC